GCAAUGAUCUAUAACAAAAUCCUGAAGCUUUCCACAUCUAACUUGUCCAUGGGAGAGAUGACAUUGGGACAAAUCAAUAACCUGGUUGCCAUAGAAACAAACCAACUCAUGUGGUUCUUGUUCCUGUGUCCCAACUUGUGGGCUAUGCCCGUUCAGAUUAUUAUGGGAGUGAUCCUGCUCUAUCAUUUACUGGGAAUGAGUGCGGUGGUGGGAGCCGCUGUGAUCUUACUCCUGGCUCCCAUUCAAUAUUUCAUCGCAACCAAGUUGGCCGAGGCUCAAAAAAGUACUCUUGUAAGUUAUUCUUGUUUCAUUCUAUUUGUGUUUGAAUAUGAGCUGUCAAAAGUUGUUCUUCUUGAACCAGAGCACAUAGGUCACUGAAGUUUGUCUUACUCUCAAAAGAAAGAUAUUCUCCAUUCAAACUGUUUCUCCUUAUAUACAAACUGUAAUAUUUCCAUUUUUAUGAAUGCAGCUAUACCUAUUGCAGCUGUUCUCGCGACUUUUGUGACCUACACGUAUGCUGAAGAUAAACAGCUGACUACAGCCCAGGCUUUUGCCUCUCUCGCGCUGUUUCACAUCCUGGUGACCCCUUUGUUCCUGCUGUCCACUGUUGUUAGAUUUGCUGUCAAGGCCAUCAUAAGCGUGCAAAAAUUAAAUGAAUUUCUCUUAAGUGAUGAGAUUGGAGAGGACAGCUGGAGAAAUGGAGAGAACCCAUUGGCAUAUGAAUCGUGUAAGAAGCACACGGGACUACAUCCCAAAGCCAUCAAUCGGAAACAGCCCUUGAGACACCAGCUGGAUGCCUAUGAUCAACCGCAAAGGAUAUCAGCUCAACAUCUAAACUUCGAUGAAUGUGCUAUCAAGGUAACCAACGGAUACUUUUCCUGGGGAAGUGGGCUCGCCACAUUAUCCGGUAUUGAUAUCCGAAUCCCAACAGGCCAGAUGACUAUGAUCGUAGGACAAGUUGGCUGUGGCAAAUCUUCUCUCCUUCUUGCUAUCCUCGGUGAGAUGCAAACCCUGGAAGGGAAAGUUCAUUGGAACCGCAUACAUGAAUUUGAGCCUUCUGUUGAAGCAAGCUGGAGGAAUCGGUUUUCGGUGGCUUACGCAGCUCAGAAGCCUUGGCUCUUGAAUGCAACGGUUGAAGAAAACAUUACCUUUGGGAGUCCUUUUAAUAAACAGAGAUACAAAGCAGUCACUGAUGCCUGUUCCCUACAACCUGACAUUGAUCUGUUGCCCUUUGGAGAUCAGACAGAAAUUGGAGAAAGGGGAAUUAAUUUGAGCGGAGGUCAACGGCAACGCAUCUGUGUCGCUCGAGCGCUCUACCAAAACACCAGCAUCGUCUUCCUGGAUGACCCAUUUUCUGCCUUGGACAUUCACCUCAGUGACCACUUAAUGCAAGAAGGCAUUGUGAAGUUCCUGAAAGAUGACAAGAGGACACUCGUCUUAGUGACUCAUAAACUGCAGUAUCUUCCACAUGCUGACUGGAUCAUUGCCAUGAAAGAUGGCACUGUUCUCAGAGAAGGGACCCUGAAGGACAUCCAAACUAAAGACGUGGAGCUGUACGACCACUGGAAAACUCUCAUGAAUCGUCAAGACCAGGAACUGGAAAAGGAUAUGGACGCUGAUCAAACUACUCUAGAAAGGAAAACUCUCCGAAGAGCCAUGUACCCAAGAGAAUCAAAAACACAGCUGGAGGAUGAGGAUGAAGAGGAAGAGGAGGAAGAGGAAGAAGAUGACAGCAUAUCUGCUGCAAUGCCACUCAGGAUGAAGAUGCCCUGGAAGACUUGUUGGCUCUAUCUCACUUCGGGUGGUUUUCUUCUGCUCUCCUUGAUGAUCUUCUCCAAACUCUUGAAACACUCGGUCAUGGUUGCUAUUGACUUUUGGCUGGCUCAGUGGACAUCUGCGAAUCAGACCCAAACGCUUUGCUCCAAAAAGACAUGCCACGUUGCAGUGUUCAGCAUUCUCAGUGGGGCAGGCAUUGUUCUCUGCCUUGUCACGUCUUUGACCGUUGAAUGGAUGGGCCUUGCGGCUGCUAAGAACCUUUAUCAUGAUCUCCUCAACAAGAUCAUCCUCGGACCCAUCAGAUUUUUCGAUACGACACCUUUGGGGCUAAUUCUGAACCGUUUUUCUGCUGAUACAAAUAUUAUUGAUCAGCACAUUCCACCAACUGUGGAAUCCCUCUCCCGUUCAACAUUACUCUGCCUUUCUGCUGUCGGGAUGAUUUCAUAUGCCACCUCCUACUUCCUACUUGCUCUCCUGCCUCUUGGAGUAGCGUUUUAUUUCAUCCAGAAAUACUUCAGGGUUGCAUCCAAGGAUCUCCAGGAACUUGAUGAUAGUACCCAGUUGCCUCUACUUUGCCACUUUUCCGAGACUGCAGAAGGCCUCACGACCAUCAGAGCAUUCAGGCAUGAGCCCAGAUUUAAACAGCGAAUGCUGGAACUGACGGACACCAACAACAUUGCAUAUUUAUUCCUCUCUGCUGCCAACAGAUGGCUGGAGGUUAGGACGAUCACCAACUAUCUGAACUGGGUCGUGCGAAAUCUGGCUGAUAUGGAAGUGCAAAUGGGGGCCGUGAAGAAAGUGAACAGCUUUCUCAACAUGGAGUCCGAGAAUUAUGAAGGCACCAUAGAUAGCUCUCAAGUGCCCAAAGACUGGCCCCAAGAAGGUGAAAUCAAGAUCGAAAACCUGUGCGUCCGCUAUGAGAAUAACCUGAAGCCGGUUCUCAAGCACAUUAAAGCGUACAUCAAACCAGGACAAAAGGUUGGGAUUUGCGGUCGCACCGGCAGUGGGAAAUCUUCCCUUUCGUUGGCUUUCUUCAGAAUGGUAGACAUAUUUGAUGGGAGGAUUAUCAUUGAUGGCAUUGACAUUACAAAGCUGCCUCUCGAUCUGCUGCGUUCCAGGCUCUCCAUAAUCCUCCAGGAUCCUAUCUUGUUCAGUGGUUCGAUUCGUUUUAAUCUGGAUCCAGAGUGCAAAUGUACAGAUGAUACCCUUUGGGAAGCUUUGGAGAUUGCUCAGUUGAAGAACAUGGUCAAGGCCCUGCCUGGUGGACUAGAUGCUGUUGUAACUGAAGGUGGUGAGAACUUCAGCGUUGGCCAGAGACAGCUCUUCUGUCUGGCCCGGGCUUUUGUACGUAAGAGCAGUAUCCUCAUUAUGGAUGAAGCCACCGCUUCCAUUGAUAUGGCCACAGAAAACAUUCUACAAAAAGUUGUAAUGACCGCCUUUGCAGACCGCACAGUGGUAACAAUUGCUCACCGAGUCUCCAGCAUCCUGGAUGCCCAUCUUGUCUUAGUCCUUUCGGAUGGGGUGGUUGUUGAGUGUGACUCAGCUGCCAAUCUGCUCCUCGAGGCGGAUGGCCUCUUCACCACUUUGGUGAAGACCAACAAAUAGUUGCUCCGGCUCAGGAUUCCUGCACGAUUUCUGGCUUUCUGCAUCGAGUCCACACCAUCCUAACUG